AUGGAAGAAGCUGUCACGAGAAAAUUUGUUCACGAAGAUAGUUCAUCAGUGACUUCCCUUUGUGGAGCUGUUGAAUCAUGUUUAUCGCAAGGACUUAAAAGGAGAGCACUUGGACUUUUUAAAACAAGUUCAACAACAGCACUACUUCAUAAAAUUGCUAAAAAUUUUGAACCUGCAAACAUAAUAUCUCAAAAAGUUCAAGAAUUGGAACUCGUGGAGCCGCAAAAGAGGUCAUCAUCUAGCACUGAUAAUGGUUCAAAACCUGCAAAACCACCUCUGCACAAAAAUAAUUCUGCUGGGUGUGUCAUUGGUCCAAAAUAUCUAUGGAUAAGAUUAGCUUUGUUCGAGAAGCAACUUGCUAAAAUAAUCGAUCACUUGGUGCAAAAUGCUUGUAAAUAUUAUGAGAAGGAUUCACUCGUCGCAGAUCCAGAUUACGGAUCCAUUUUAAGUUCUUUGUUGGUCGGCCCCUGUGCAUUAGAUUAUUCUAAAGCAAAAACUCAAGAUUAUUUUUGGACUGAUCCACCAGCAGACGAAUUAGUUCAAAGACAUCGAAUUUCUACGGGACAUAAUACUCCGCCUACGUGCAGGAGACAAGUAUUAAAUUUCAAUAGGAGUUUACACGCAGUUAAUUCAGAAGAAAAUGUAAGAUCGGUUCCUAUGUCGGCUAAAGACUACGUAGAGUCUCUACAUCAAAACAACAGGGCCACACUAUUGUAUGGGAAAAAUAAUGUCAUGGUACUUCCGAAAGAGCAUUUAGAACCCAUGGCUGGUUAUCUAUCACUACAUCAAAGUUCUCACGGUUUAACAAUAAAAUGGACUCCCAAUCAGUUAAUGAAUGGAUAUGUCGAAACAGAAAAUCAAGAUAAAAGUUUGUAUUGGGAAUACGCUCUAAAUGUUAGCAUCGAUGAAAUAGUGUACGUUCAUUGCCAUCAAGCUAGUGACUCCGGUGGUACAAUAAUUUUAGUGGGUCAAGACGGUGUUCAAAGACCCCCCAUUCAUUUUCCCAAAGGAGGACAUUUAUUAUCAUUUUUAAGUUGCCUCGAAAACGGUUUACUUCCCCACGGCCAAUUGGAUCCUCCAUUAUGGUCGCAAAGAGGAAAAGGUAAAGUUUUACCUAAGCUUCGUCGCAAAAGUAAAGAGAAUUCAGAUGGGAAAACGGAAGACGAUGAUUCAACUGAUUACGUUUUCAGGAUUGUUAGAAAAGUUCAAAGAGAAGAUAUCAAAUUACUUGAUCCGAGAUAUGUUGAGCCUGUACAAAGCGUGAUGCCUCGUCUUCAGUCAAGAGUCAGAGCUCAAUUACUCUCCAGUUCAACAAGUUCAACCUCGAGUUCCAAAAGCUUCAGCGCUGAUCAUUCAAACGGGUUGGAUAUGUUGGACUCGCCAAAAACUCCCAACGGACUUGCCACGAGUCCUUCGCAAGUUAAUGCCGGGGAAUCGAUCCAGUUGGUGUGCGACACCAUGAAAAGGCAAAUUAUCUCACGUGCGUUUUACGGUUGGCUGGCAUAUUGUCGACAUUUAUCUACCGUUCGUACGCAUUUGUCUGGUUUGGUCAAUCCCACCACCACGAGUCAUGUAGACGCUGACGGUGGUCUGACGUCAGAAAAAUGGAAUAAUAUUUUCAACGAUGGUAUCGUUUCAAAUUCAGAAGAAGUGUUUAGAUUAACUUAUCUAGGAGGUGUGGAGCAUUCCUUAAGGAAAGAGGUUUGGCCAUUCUUACUUGGUCACUACGAGUUUGGAAGUACGAUACAACAACGUGUCGAAUUAGAUCUUACUACUCAACAUAACUACGAAACGAUCAUGUCAGACUGGUUAGCCGUUGAAGCGAUCGUGAGGCAAAGAGACAAAGAAACAAUGGCUGCAAAUCUUGCCAAAUUGUCAAGUGAAAGUACGAGCGGUGAAAAUGUUCCCCUAACUCCAGGGUUAAACGCUCAAAUCAGUAACGAUGUUUUUGAGGAUAACAUUAGCUUGGGUUCCGAUGAUGGUAAUUUAGGAAUGGAAGGAAUCGAAUUCGAAAGUGAAAAAAAAGACAACGACGAUAAUCUUGAGAAAUCUAUCGACACGGAAGAGGCUCAGCAAAACGAAGUUAACACUUUUAUUGAAAACGUCAUAUCACAAUCUUCGGAUGAGGGUUUAGGUGACGAAGAUAAAAGGUUGAAAAACAUGAAAAGAGGUAUAAAUCAAGUGAUCGUGACAAAUCCAUCGGUGGAUUCCGGUUUGAUAUCCGAAGAAACUGUCGAAGUGUCGACCAUGGAACCCAUCGUGGAAACGGAAACUUUGACCGUGGGAGAAGAAGGAGAACAAAAUAAUUCAACUUCGAAUUGUGUAUCUCCUGCGAGUUCACAAGGAGGAAUUUAUUCUGCCGAGCUUUUGGAAACAUUUGGAUUGAACGUACAUCGAAUCGAUAAAGACGUGCAAAGAUGCGAUAGAAAUUAUUAUUAUUUCACAAAUGAAAAUUUAGAAAAGCUUCGAAAUGUUAUGUGCACUUACGUUUGGGAACAUCUCGAUAUAGGAUACAUGCAAGGAAUGUGCGAUUUAGUCGCUCCACUUUUGGUAAUUUUUGACGAGGAAUCAAUUACCUACGCUUGUUUUUGUCGUUUGAUGGAUCGAAUGGUUGACAAUUUUCCCAACGGAGGAGCGAUGGAUGCACAUUUUGCAAACAUGAGAUCCCUAAUUCAAAUUUUAGACUCGGAAAUGUUUGAACUCAUGCAUCAAAAUGGAGAUUACACGCAUUUUUACUUUUGUUACAGGUGGUUUUUGUUGGAUUUUAAACGAGAAAUGAUUUACGACGAUGUUUUUAUCAUAUGGGAAACAAUAUGGGCGGCCAAACAUAUCGCUUCUGCUCAUUUUGUCUUAUUCAUAGCUCUUGCACUCGUUGAAAUCUACCGGGAUAUAAUAUUAACGAAUUCGAUGGAUUUUACGGAUAUAAUAAAAUUUUUUAACGAAAUGGCGGAACGACACGACGCAAAAGCUAUUCUUACACUGGCCAGAGAAUUAGUAUUUCAAGUUCAAACUCUCAUCGAAAAUAAAUAA